AUGAAUUCAUCCCUGCCGUAUAAAAUUCCUUCCUCGCUACUGCAGGAGAUAUCGAGAAGAGACGCUACAACAUUUUUAAAUAUUAAUAUUGAUGCGGCAACUGGAUGGCCUAAUGCAUUCGAACCUAUUGAAGUUAUCUGUGUUCAAUGUCAGUCUCCUUUAUCAACAGCAAGACAGCACCCUGGUCAGAGCCGUGACGAAAGUGCUUACCUUUUGACGGAACUUAACCCAUUUAAGAGAGUUAAGCUGUUGGUUAAAAUUUGCAGCAGUCCACUCUGCAAGGCAAUGCAUCGACCCCCUACACUUGAAACAGGUAGGAAUACAUUAAUUGCCAUUUAUAUUUUACUUUAUGAUGCAUCCUUGGCAACACAUGUCAUAUAUCAACUGAAUGUCAUACAAUGUUUCUAGGUUUUAAAGUAAAUUAAAAAAUACAUAAGUCAUAAAAAAGUAAAGCCUGAUUCACUCUGCCUUUGUAAUACAAUUGCCAUGUAGAAGCAGCCAUAUCACUAGCGUUUCAUUACGAACUAUCGGAACUGAACUGACUUGUUUUUGAAUCGAUGUGUUUCCUAUUGUUAUAAAAACUAUAAACUUAAAUUUAAUGAAUAUGAAAUGGGAAUGGACCUUUCACCUUUUGACCAAAAUUUACAUCUCAACAAGUCUAGACAAAAAUUUUAUCACAGCUUGAAAGAGCACCACAAAAUUAGUAAUAUUCCAAAGUUUCGUUGCGAGUUGUAAAAUGCGGAAAAUAUAGCCUUGCGAAGUUUGCCGUUUUUCAGUCAUUUUGUAUUACAAACUGGAAAUACAUACUCCUGAGUAUGUAUUUCCAGUUUGUAAUCUAACAUGACUGAAAAACGGCAAACUUCGCAAGGCUAUAUUAUCCGCAUUUUACAACAUUUCGCAACGAAACUUUGGAAUAUUACUAAUUUUGUGAUGCUCUUUCAAGCUGUGAUAAAAUUUUUGUCUAGACUUGUUGAGAUCAAAAUUUUAGUCAAAAGGUGAAAGGUCCAUUAAAGUGUAAAAAUUCAUGUCUGCUUUCCACUUAUAGGCUUAUUCAAUAUAUGUGAUAAAAUCGUCAUUUCUUUGGAUAUAUUGCUGGAAAUGAGACUAUUUUUCAAACGCGGAUAUGCCAUAACCAACAUCAUCGACGCCAAAUUAGAUUCUCUCAAAUUGAAGGCACAACAGGUGAGUGACAGUGUACCUGUUAACUGCACUGUAUAUGACCUAUGGAGAACAUAAAUACAGUGACAGCGCUAGCAUUGAUACCAGGUCUUGACAAAUAAUAAUAGUCUAUUUAAUACGUACUAGAUAAAACAUGAGCAGCCCAUCUGUAUCUGAUAUACAAACUCUCGCCUUCGCCCCUUUGGCUCGAGUUUGUAUAUCAGAUACAGACCGGAUGCGAAUGUUUUAUCGUACUUAAAAAAUUACCCAUUUUAUGAGUUCAUUCGCGAAGUAAUUUUAAAAAUAAACAUUGUCUAAGCCGAGAAAAUCAAAGCUGAAGUUUAUGUAAAUCAGGACAAAUCUGUAUCCGAUUUACAAACAUUGAUUAAACAUUCAUUUCUUUGGUAUUUUCCUCGUGAAUUAUUGAAUAUUUUAAAUAUAAAGAAUGAUACAAUGGUGCGAGGAAAUAUAAAAUGUAUUUCCACUAUUGAAUAGACCCAUUGGAUAAUAACGACAUGUAUGCUACUUGGCCUGGGAGACUCACUUCAUUACAAGUAUAAAGUCGUGGUACUUAAUCAACUCACGAUUAAUGAGAGCGAGGCUCUCAGGCCAACACCACAUGACGUUAUUACCGAAAAGGUCUUUUGGAUAUCUAUAAUCGAUGAGAUUUCCACGCGAGCAACCAUAUAUAUUUCUGUAUACUUUUAUAUAGUAAAACGUUUAAUUCACACAUGCAUUUCUUGCUUAAAAUACCAGCAUUUUUAUCUUUAUAACUUUGCCUGUUCCAAUUCUUUCUGAAAAAUGCUACUAUUUGCACGUGCAUAAUCAUACAUAAUUGUUAAUUUCAGGCGAAUCUGCCAUCUGAGACCCAGCUGCAUUAUUUGAAGAAAUGCCUUUACAAUGGCUAUUAUUACUUUGAAGCGAUUACCGAGGGGGACUUGAACACCGUCAUUUGUGGGAUUUGUGGAAUUUGCCCCGAGGUUAUUCUUGGUGAUGGAAAUGAAAAAAACUGUUGCACUAACAAACAGGUACAGACACAGCAUACACUUAACCUAAAUUAACAAGACGCUGUAUAGAGCGUUAACUCGCUGGGACUAUACAAGCUAGUACGCACAAUAAUGAUGAUACAUACAUAGAAAACAGGUACAAUUCGUUGAAAAUUUUAACGAAAUUGUUUGAAACAUUUUGGACACUCCACGAAAGGCCGCCAUUUUGAAAAAGAUAUAUUGGGUUUUAUACUUUUACUAGGCAGCUCAUAUUCUAUUUUGUGCCUAUCGACGACGAUUGGAGAUCGGAGAUCCACUAUUGCCGAUCCGUGAAAAAUGCAUGCCAAAACCUAUAUACAACUAUGCCCCAGCGAGAAAUGUUGACACUCAAAUGUACAAAGUAACCAUUCACUUUUCUAGAUUGAUUAUGUCAAAUCUGACAGUGCAACUCUUCCUUCCCAAGUUAAAACUACUGAUGCAUUUAAAAAUACGUUAAAGAGAAGAUGGUUGGAAAGGACGGUAUUCACAAGAUGCACGGAAAAUAUCCAGAUACCAGUGUCUGUUGUACCACCAAUUAUGCCAUCAGCUUUGAUGGGUCCAAUAGUACACAACACUGAAGAUCAAAAGAAAAGUAGUCCAGUCCCAGACCCUAUUCUCGCCACACGGCGCGGCGGAGAAGGAGGGUCCAGAAGAAUUUGCAUGCGCAUGCGUCAACUACCACCACACAUAUGUGGAGGUCGCCAGGUCGCUAAGCUCUGUUUACUGUGGGGAAAAUCCGCAAUGUCAAAGGAAAGUUCUGAUACUCUUGCAGCGCUGAUUGAGAACAAGUUUCUUCAUAUUUUUGGCAGAGAAUUUGUUGAAGCCGUUAAGUUUGCCAUGGAAAUGUGUAAAUAUAAUUUUUUGCCGAAGUUUGAGCAAUUGCAAGCGAUCUAUUACCUGUCUCGCGGUAAAGAUGUAUUCGUUCAUCUGAGAACUGGUUUCGGAAAGUCGCUGAUUUACACGCUCUUUCCAUAUGUUUGCGAUAGCUCUGCGAUCGUCACCAAACAACGAUUGCCGUUCAUCUAUCGUCGUUUUGAUUUCACCACUAAUUUCCCUCAUGGAUGAUCAGAUGGCUAAAAUGGCCGAACGAGGAAUACAUAGCGUCAAGCUCACCGAUCUUAAAGACCGACAAGUUGAGGACCUUCGACGUGGAAAAUCGAACAUCAAAAUCGCUUUGUUAUCCCCUGAGGCAUUUACCAGUUUGACUGUAAGGGAGACUCUGAGGGAACUGAAAGAGCAUAUUGUUUGUGUGGCAAUUGAUGAGGCACAUUGUGUACUACAAUGGUAGGUCUAUGCUAGAUAUUUUAAUAAUUUAAUAAAUAAAUUAGCCAAAGUGCUUUCCCUUGACUACAGAGCCUCAUUCUAUUGCAAGAGAAUUUGGCUAAUUGUCAUAUGUUUAUACUAAGUUUUAAAGGAUUAUUGAAAUUAUUGAAAAUGUGGCGAGAUAACCAACGAUUGGAUAGGGCAAAAUUUUUUUACACUUUGGUUCAUCACGUUAUAUAAUUAGCCUUGCAAAUAAGUAACUUUAUACAGUAACCUACUCUGAACUCACUUGAUUUAUUUUAAGGGGCAGAGAUUUCAGAAGCGCUUACAAUGAGUUAAAAGACAUCCGUGCUUUAAUGAUGGCUGGAUUACCUAUAACUGCACUUACAGCCACUGCUAAUUGCAAAACAAUGAACUACAUCACUGCUAAAUUGGAUAUGGAAGGUUGUAUUGUUAUCAAAUCAUCUACAAACCGACCCAACAUAUUUUAUAAAGUAUGUAUCCUUCCUAACUGUCAAGGGGAUGAUGAUCAACUAUUCCAAUCCUGCUUUGGUUUUGUUGUUGAACAACUGUUGCAGCACAAUGACAAAGCAGAUAAAGUGAUUAUAUACUGUACCUCAACUAAUGAUUGUGCUACCAUUUACGAGUUCUUUGAAAAUGCCUUGGGAAGCAAUAUUUAUGAUAACGCUAACCAAUUAUUGGUUAACAUGUAUGUAAAAGUUAUGGAUGAUAGAACAAAAAAGGACAUCAUAGCGAAGUUUACCAAACCAGAUGGUCCACUUAGAGUUGUUGUUUGCUCAUCAGCAUUUGGACUGGGGGUUGACUGUCCCAAUGUGAGAACUGUUGUUCACUUUAAGUCUCCAGAUACACUCAUGCAAUUUGUACAGGAGAGUGGCCGUGUCGGAAGGGAUGGAGAAGCAUCAAAGUCUCUACUGUUUGUUGGUGGAAGGGAGUUUGGUCAUUAUAAGGCUAAACUUACUAAAUCGUCUGCCAUGAAAAUGCAAUUUGACGAACUUGAAACAAUGAAAGGGUAUGCUAUGAAUACAUCAACUUGCAGACGAUUUUUGAUUUUACACUAUUUUGAUGGUUCAGAUGAAGCAGAAAAACAGUGCAAGCUAAUGGAACCACAGAAUUGUUGUGAUGUAUGUUUUAGAAGUGCUGGUGGGUUUGUAAGUACAUCUGAGAAAGAGUUACGUUGUCUAUCAAUUGGAAAAACUGCAAAUAAAGAAGUUGUUAUUUACCCUCAACUAUCUGGGAAGCAAAAAAGUGAAGUUCGACAACAUUUGACAAAAUAUAGAGAUGGUCUUGUGGCAUGCAAGGAAACAAGCUUGUUUGGAGUUGACAAGGUAACUGGUUUCACUGAAACUGUUAUUGAACAAGUUAUUAGUAAAUGUGAUACUUUCUACUCCAUCAAAGAUGUGCAUGAUAAUGUUGAUUUAUGGGGUGAAGACCAUGCUAUUGCCAUUUUUAAUAUUGUUGAAAGUGUAAAAAAUGUUAACACUAACCCCGUUUGA